UUUAUAAAAUUGUUUAUUGUUGAAGCAGACAUAUUUGCGGAAAGUAACAAAUGAAUACGUAACUUCUUAAAGGUUUUUUUAAAUAUUUGAAAUCAAUUGAUAUUACAUAAAAACUACAAAAAUGUCUUUUGCGUCUAAAAUCACCUUGGGAGCAGCUCUUACCACCACAACUGCGAUUAUAGGUUAUGUUCAUUACAAGCAAACCACCGACCGUGAUAAACUGCAUGAAGGUGUAAUUCGUGAUAUUGAACGACAGCAACGUCGAAAACUUGAAAACACUUAUUUAUUACAAAAACAAAUUGAUCUAACAAAGCAACUAAAAGAGGCACAAUCGCCCUUAGAUAAAGAUACCCACAUUCAAAAUGAAAACGCAGAAAUACUUAAAGAGCCAAACAAAGUCAAUGUACAUAAAGAGAAUGUAGAAGUCUUAAAAGAAGUCCAACCACAUCAAAGAAAACGUCAAAUUGAAGAUGACAAACACUGGGAGAAAGCGUAAGUUCAGAACAAUUUGCUGCACGCACCUUGAUGACACUAAUAAUACAGUUGAAAAUCGCGCUGGGUGCGAAAUCAAAUAUGUCGUGUGCAAAAAAAAUCAGCAAAUAAAAAAUAUUAUACAAAGACUUGAAAUUAGCCUAACCUCUUCCAUCUGCCAACAAAAUUAUCCCGAAAAAAAAAACAACUUUAAAUGUGCUCAAAGCAAAUUGAUUUAACAAACGGGAAUAAACCAUGUAGCAAAAAAAUACAAUUCGCACGAUAGUUGCUGUAUUCGCAAUCUUGUUUAACAUAGUUUUGAUGAGAAACAUACAGUAAUAUUUUUAUUUAAACACAUA